GUCCAAAAAGCAACAUAAAUACCUUCCAGUUAAAGUUGAAGCCUUUUUACCAUGGACAUUCCAGUCUUUACAGUUGACGCGUUCACCAAUUUGCCAUUCAAAGGGAACCCGGCAGCUGUAUGUCUUUUAAAAAAUGAGCUGAGGGAUGAAUUGUAUCAGAAGAUAGCCGCUGAGAUCAACCUGUCAGAAACUGCCUUCAUCACUACAAUCAAACCUUCUGAGGAUUUCACAAAUGGUUCAAAGUUCCGCCUUCGUUGGUUCACGCCGACUACUGAGGUCAACCUGUGUGGUCACGCUACUCUGGCCUCUGCUGCUGUGCUCUUUCACCAGAAAAAAAAUGUGAAUUCUGCUGUAGUGUUUGAGACCAAAAGUGGAGAUCUGUCUGUUGUCCAGCAGGGGGAGGACUUGGUGAUGGAUUUUCCUCUCAACCCACCCACUAAGCAGGCCCCAGACGAUUUUAGACACCUGAUCAAGGUUGCAGUGGGAGAUCACCCAGUGGAGGAUGUUUAUCUUAACUCCACCACUAAAAAACUGUUACUUCGACUGGCUGACACCUGUGACAGGUCAGUGCUCACCGGUCUAACAGUCAACCCUGCAGCCCUUCUAAGCAGCGAUGCGAGCGGGAGAAUCAAAGGGCUCAUCGUCACCAUGAAAGGACCCUCAGACAGUCAGCCAAGGUACGACUUCUACUCCAGAUAUUUUGCCCCAUGGAACGGAAUCCCAGAAGAUCCUGUCACCGGUUCUGCACACACUGUUCUAGGGAGCUACUGGUCCAAGGAACUGGGAAAGAAGAAAAUGCUAGCAUUCCAGUGCUCCAGUCGAGGUGGUGAGCUGGGCCUGGAGGUGAAAGACAACGGCAGGAUCAACAUAGCAGGGAAGAGUGUCACUGUCCUGCAGGGAACGAUCACACUGAAAUAAUCACACAGCCUGAGAAACAUUGACCAAUUCAUCACAAGUUUUAUUAGUAAGCAAGGUCACACGCACAAGAAGAAAAAAGCAACACAUAAAAUCAUAGACGAAAAGCCAAUACAAGAAAAAAAACCAAGUUAAAAUCACAAGUUAAUAAAUAAGUAUAUUGGAAUUACUGCCUAAAGAAUCAAUGUCAUCAUAGUGUCUGAUCUUUUUAUUGAAUGUUUUUCCUAAAUGAACCUCCUGAAGCAUACUUCUUGUCAUUCCUUUUGUUUAUUAGCAAAAUAAUAUCCAUAGCUCAACUUGUCUCACUCAAAUGUAUUCAAGCAUGUCUUUUUUGCAGUUGAUCCAUUGACUAAGACAACACUGAUCAGUAAUUAAGGCUUUGCGUCAUUUGUCAGUUUGAAUGUUGUUAUAAUUACAUAAUAGAUAAAAAAAAUACAUUACAUUACCACAAAGUUAAAUUAUGUUACUAAAAAACCCAUACUGUUUCAUCAUGGAAAUAUUAUAGCUAAAUCAGUAAAGAAUUACAAAAAUAUAAUUUCAUUGAGGAAUGAGCGGUACUGUCAAGACAUCCGAACUGCUCCUGUCACAGGAGCAUCAUGGGUAAGGCUUUGUGGCCCGAUGGAGGUAGCUGAAUAAUGUGUCAAAGUAAAGGAAGUGCAGUCAAAAUGAUUAUAUUCAUUAUUCAUUCUAAAUAAAUGCAUGAUCGUAACCAGAAUGUUAUUUAUUUUUCUUAAUUAAAUUCCCAAUAAGUAUCCUUGAUCAACAACUGAACAAAACAACACAAUAGAUUUACUAGUUAGCUUUUAAUUGAAUUGUUUUAUACGAUGUGUAAAUCUCACUCAAGUGAUUUGAAUUCCUGUUUCUAUCGGAAAAAUGCUGCCUGGUGGUGUGGAUGUUGCUCAACAGCUAACGAGAAUAUUCCAUUUCGGAGGAGAUUGCAUACGAAUGCUGAAAAGCUGAAGCUGAAGUGAAAUGCUAACAGGUACUGUAGCAUGUUCGCCAGAUGUAACAACAAAUAUGACUCAGAGGUGUGUACCUGCAAAUUGAGCUAAAAAAAAUGCUAGUAUGCUAAUAGUUAUUGUGUUUCAACUGCCAAAUUAUACGAGUCUAAGCCUAAGGCAUAUAACUGCAUAAUGAGUUAAAAAAAAACAAAGCUAGCAUGCUAACGUAAACAUACUAACAUGCUAACGUUAGCAUGCUAACAUUUAAUAUGUCAAGUACUAACUUCUAUGACUCGGAGGCAUACCUGCAAAAUAGCAUGUGUCAGCUGCCACAUUAUAUGACGCUAAGGCAGUGAUAACACGAUUGAAGUACAGUUGUUUUAUUUUCCUAUUUUCAAACAGUGUUACUGUUCAAACUGUGUGUAAUGUUACAGUGGCCAAAAAUAUUAAA